AUGGUGCACGCCCUAACUGGACAUUGCCCGUCUCCCUUCUUGCAGGAGACGCUCUUCCCCACCGACGGGGGAUUUAUCGAUGGCCGCUAUUGCGAGGAUAUAGCCUUUGGCAACAGCACUUAUUCCUGUUGUUUGCCAUGUCCUCUCGCCGAGUGGAGAUAUGAUACUGAAUUGGCCGAUAAAAUUGCCGUUACGAGUUGGAUCAGUGUCGCCAUUCUCCCUCUUUGUAUCUUCUUAUUGAUUUCAUACGCCGUGCUACCCGUCAAAUGGACCCACCGUCAUUACUUGAGUAUUUGCUUCACCGUGGGCAUUUGUUGCAUGGAGCUCGCCUUCAUCAUCCCCCUCGGUGCCAACCCAGAACAAUGCCAUAAUGCAAUCACCCCGAAUGGCAUGCGCUCCGAUCUUUCCUGUGCCUUCUCCGGAUCCUUUCUGUUGUUCGGGGGCUGGCUAGUGGUCAUGUGGAGUUUCAUCCGCACCAUUGCCUUCCACCUACAAGUAUGCUGGGAAAAAGUCAUAGGGCCGAAGUUCAUGUGGAUGGCCUUCGUCUGUGGAUUUGGGAUCCCAGCAAUCGGAACGACAGUUAUGCUGAUCCUAACUGGAGUCUCAUUCCGAUUCGGCGAAAUCUGCCAUAUCAACGUAACCAACGGACUAUACGACUACUGGAUCCCAGUCAUGGUCUUCGCCUCCGCAUCUCUCCUUUUACAAGUAUCAACAAUGAUAUACUGCGUUCACAUCUACCUGCGCUCCCUCUUCGACAAAUCCGCCUCAACAUCAGGCAGUUCCGGCACCAACCUUCCUUCCUACACAGCCAGCGUCGGCACCGUGACAGCCCGACAAGCCUACCGGCGUGUACGCCGUGUCCUUAAACUCCAAUGGCGCGGCAUUGCCCUCACAUCAAUCAUUCUCGGCAAUGUAAUCUUCUUCGCAGUUGUCUUCAUCAACCUCGAUAACGCCGUCGCACCAACAGCAGAUAACACCAAAACCGCAACCCCCUGGCUAAUGUGCCUCGCGGAAACCGGCGACAAGGAAGGCUGCCGCAAGUACGCCGCAGCCAUCGGCCCCAACGAAGCAACUCUACUAGCAGUCGUGAUUCUGCUCUCCCUCGUCGGUUUCUGGAACUUCAUCCUCUUCGCCCGCCCAUCGAUGUUUAUCGGCUGGCUGGAUCUAUUCCGCAACAAAGUGACUCAGCGCCACGAGUUCGUCUCUGCAGAUGCGCACACCCGCUUCGCCGACAACAAGGGCUUCGAAAUGCUCACUACAUCUGUGAAAUCACCCGAUACGUUCAUGCGCUCGCCAAGCCCUACACGGAUGGACGGGCCUGACCGCAGCGCUUUCAUGCGCUCACCUAGCCCGACGCAAAUGGGCGGACAUAGCGCUUUCAUGCCCCCGCUGAGCCCUACACAGAUGACUCGAUACGGUAGUCCGACCACCAGUCCCAGUCCGACGUUCGGAAAUAGUCAGGUCGCUCAUGAGGCCCGCUAUGUGCGUCCCUCGUUGAGUUUUUCCGGGCCUAGGCCGCCUAGUGCACGCGAGUGGGAUCCUCAGUCUACGUUUGCGCCGGGGUAUGGGCAGGAACGAGUAUAA